GUUUGAAAUGAGAGUUUUCUACCAUCGCGCAAGCUUGGCGACACUGUUUGUUUAUCAGUGAUUCAACUGUCAGCUGUCAAGAGGAAGGAGGCGUUUAUGCUUGUGUUAGGUUAUGUACUGUAUUGACGUUAUUAAUAAAGUCAUCGAAUCAAACAGUUUACGAAAAUGCAUGACGCAACGGAACGAAAAUGCGAAAUCGAAUCAAAACUUGAAAAGGAGUUGAAUAACUUGAAUAUGCUUAAGGAACUCAAGGGCAAAAGUAAUCACCUAACAAAAGGUAUGAUUAAUAUACUAGAUUCCUUUGAACAUCGAUUGGCACGUUUGGAGGAGACUAUAUUACCAGUUUACAAUGAAACUGGCAACUUACAGAAACGUCAGGAAAACAUUGAAAAAGCACUUAAAGCACUGGAUCAUGUCAUUGGUUUCUACAGUGUCAGCCAAGAAGUGGCACAGGUAGUGCAAGCAGGGCCUGCUCCAGGAUUGGAGCCUUUCCUGGCAGCGAUGGAUAGACUUCAGACAGCACAACGUUACUUUGAAAAGAAUAAUCCACAGAGUGUUGAACUCGAAAACAUAACAACACUAUUUAAUGCUGGAGGUGAUGCACUGAAUAGAGAAUUUAAAGAUCUGCUCAUGCGACACAGCAAGCCAGUACCUCCAAUUGUUCUCUUGGAUUUGAUUGGGGCAGAUGAAGAUACACCAGUAGAGGAAGUCCCUUCAGCUCCAGUCCAGCUGCCUGAGGAUGUGGCUGCUGAGUUAGUACGCAUGGCUGAUUGGCUUAUCCUACAUAAUCGUGAUGAAUACAUGAAUGUGUAUGCUAGAGUUCGUGCUACAGUACUGCUCAAGUCACUGCAGCAGCUCAAGGAACACCAGAAAUCUGCAAGUGGUGGCAGCAUCCAAGGAGUUGCAGCUGCUAACUCACCAAUGGUAAGACCUAAAUUUCAAUCACGUCAUGAUACACCAAAUCGAAGAGGAUCAAAGAGACUGCAAGUAUUUGAGAAGAAAGCUAAUAAGAUGUUGAUGAGAGCAUCACAAACUAUAGAACAUUCUACUGGUCUCACCUUAGGCACAAGGCGAAGUGCUAUUCAUCUGGAAUCACGCGAAGAUGUUGUGGAUGAACAAGAAAUGGAAAAUUAUCUAGUGUGUGUAGUUGCAUUACAGAGGCUAAUGCAAGGUGAGAGAGCUCUUAUGGCUGGUAUUGUACCUCUGCAGCAUCAACACCAAGUGUUUGAAAUUGUUAUACGGGAAGCCAUGGAUAUGGUUGUGCAGGAUGGUGAAAGCAUAGCAGCAAGAGCAAAACGUUGCAUCAGCCGACAUGAUUUCGCAGCAGUCCUGGUUGUUUUCCCUAUCUUGAAGCAUCUACUGACCCUGAGGCCAGAGUUUGAGCGAACUAUGGAAGGCUGUGACCAGAAUGUCCGUGCCAAGUUUUCCUCAAUUCUGCGAAUGUUACAUACAACUGGUGCUAAAGCUUUGGAAAACUUCAUAGAGAGUGUAAGGACAGAGCCAAGCACUCAGUUGCCAAAGGAUGGUACUGUUCAUGAAUUAACAAGCAAUGUACUUGUAUUUUUGGAGCAACUAUUGGACUAUGUUGAUACAAUUGGUGGUGUUCUGGGUGAAGAUCCAGCAUAUAAUACAUCUGUGGCAAGUCAUGGCAAGGUAGAUAGAAACAAAGCACUCGUCGGAAUUUACAUUCGUAAAGUACUGGAACAGUUGAGCCAGACCUUAGUUGUGAAAAGUGAAUUUUAUGGAGAUGUUUGCUUGCGAGCAGUGUUUUUGUUGAACAAUAAUAAUCAUGUGCUGAAAGCACUCCAACGGUCUGGGUUAUUAGAUCUAGUAAAACUUUCAAGGCCUAACUGUGAAGAGUGGUACCAUAGCCGCAUACGUGAACAUAAAGAUGCUUAUACACAAAGUAGUUGGAGUAAAGUGCUCAGUUACAUUGCUCCAUCAGAAGUAGUGCCUUCAUCUGUGCUACAGAAUGGCAGGUUACGUGAUAAAGAUCGUGCUGCAAUCAAGGAGAGAUUUGCUGGAUUCAACAAGGAAAUGGAAGACAUAGCAAAAGUGCAGAGGAGUUAUUCAAUUCCAGAUGUUGAGUUACGAGAAAGCUUAAAGCGAGAUAAUAAGGAAUACAUACUUCCAAAAUAUAAUGCCUUUUAUGAAAGGUACUGCAAUGUCCAGUUCACAAAGAAUAAGGAAAAGUAUAUUAAAUAUGAUCCAGCAGGAGUAUCAGAAAUGAUUGACAGAUUUUUUGACGUCGCAGCAUAAGUUAUCUCUGUAAGAUAAAUAAGCAUUGUAAAUUUGUGAAUUAAAUAGUUUGUUAAUUGAAA